AUGGCACGUCGGGAGCAAAUAUCUGAGGAAUAUAAGAAAUUCAACGGCCAGUCGUCGACAGCACCGGUCGGUAAUCACUGUUCCCAACGGCGAGACAUCGAAACGCUGACCGAAGAGGAGUUGUUCGCAGCGCUCGACUCUAGCGGUUACGUACGGCUCAGCUUCCGGUGCAAAACGCCGGCCAGUCUGUGUCGUGGAUCAGUAAACGGAGGUAACCAACAGUCAACUGUGCGGCGCCGGGAGGGCACAAUCGAGGGCCGGAAAUCGUUACGUCGACAGCGAAACAUUGACACCAAUAUAUAUUCAACAUUAAAACGUGUUAAAAAACAGACUAAGUCCAAGAGUAUGGACACCAGUGGCGGCACCGGUAGGUCCGGUGCGUUGAAAAUGGCCGCCAAGACUAAUAGCUCGUCGUUUGACGAGUGUCUGAAUACAAUGCCAAACGGCUCGACCCCUACACCCAUACCUACGUCCAGCUUUACCCCUAUACCGGCCCCGAUAGCGACGGUAGGCGGUAGUCGUCUGAGUGGCAGUCCCUUUGAUGAGACGGCCGAGUGGGCAGAGAUCGCCAAUAUUAUGGCCUCGUUUGGCACCGGUAUUGGACGGGACAGUAGUCUCGGCAAUCAUUUGAACACUAAUGGCAGCGAAGAUAUGGACAACAGUUUUACCAGUUGUAUCUCUAAAGACUCGUCGUCGACGGACUUCGAGGAGCAGUCGGUGGAGGACUGGUUGGCCCGCAUCGGCCUCUCAGAGUACGGCCAACUCCUGAUAGUCAACGGCUUUGAUAACGUGCUAUACAUG